ACCCUAUUCAUAAUCAUCUGCCAUUUGGAUGGUAAUUAUUAAAGUUAUUCAUUUUGGGUUUGUCUAAUAGCGUUUCGCAAUUGUCAUCCAGGAACACGUGGAUCAUUUAACCAAUUGCUUUCUGCGACAUAAAACUGUAACAAGUGAUGAUGACUUAUCAUCUCUAUAGUCUACAGUACAUCACAGCUCCUCUCACGCCUCCUGUCAAUGAAUGUGUCCGGGCGCGCGCACUUCCGCUGCCCCCGCCCGUGCGACUGGACCAUCUGAUCUUUGUCCUACGUAAGACCGUCGCUCCGCCUCGCUCUCCUAUCGGACCGUUUCCCCUACCGCAUCCAUUUUUGUGCAUUCAAGAAAUCUCUUGGAGUUAACAGCAGCGACCAGGAGGGAAUCAGGAGGACGGUGGCGGAAGCGAGGACGCCGAGAACCGCAAUAAGGCACCGCGCGCCCUGCCAUUGGACGAUGCGCGAGAGCUCUCCAUAAGCGGCAGCAGCCAUGGGUUAGACUGCAUUCACCAUGAUUGCGAAAUAAAAGCACAUAGACCUGAAAAUGUCAGCUCGGGGUGCCCCGGCCCCGGCCACGUCCCCUGUGGCUCCUGAUCCGCCGGACAUGCCAGACCUGAGCCACCUCACUGAGGAGGAGAGGAAGAUCAUCCUUUCGGUCAUGGACAGACAGAAGAAAGAGGAGGAGAAGGAGCAGUCCACACUGAAGGAAGCUCCUUCAGAAGACACAAAGCCUCAUCCAGCUCAGUGGAACCCUUUCAGUGGCAUCACUGAGCUGGUUAGUAAUGUUCUUCAGCCCCAGUCAAAGUCCCCCAGUGAGGAGGAGCCGAAGCCGAAGUUGCACCAGCAAUUUAAGAUGUACAAGGACCAGGUGAAGAAGAUCGGUGAUGAGGCUCCGAAGAACCCAGAGCAGAAGGGAGAUUCGCCCACAUGUGGAAUCUGCCACAAAACCAAGUUUGCCGAUGGCUGCGGCCACGUCUGUUCUUAUUGCCAAACUAAGUUCUGCGCUCGCUGUGGAGGACGAGUCUCCCUCCGCUCCAACAAAGUAAUGUGGGUAUGCAACCUGUGCCGAAAACAACAAGAAAUCCUCACCAAGUCUGGAGCAUGGUUCUACAGUGGUCCUGAGGGCUCCAGGUCAGGACCGCAAGCCAAAGUAAGGAGAGGCCCAGCCGGAGCAUACCAAGACCCUCUCAGAAACGGUUCAGGGAUCCCCACAGACAGAAACAGAAGCCCAUCAGCAUCCAGGGACCCAAACGCGGCAUAUAACCAAAGGGAGGGGGAAGGAGGAUUGCAGUAUGCCCCGGCUGAAGGUGGCAUGCCCCGCUCUCCGUCCGACUACGGACGUGACCCUGGCCAUUCGCCAAGGAGUUCAAGAAUGUAUAACGAAGUGGGUGACUAUCAAGACAGUCGAGGACGCUGGCACUCACAAGGCCAGCAUUUGGACGGCCAGUUAGAUGACUAUGAACUCCAGAGGAGGCGUGAGGAGGAAUACCAGGCCCGAUAUCGUAGUGAUCCCAACCUUGCACGCUACCCUAUUAAACCCCAACCAUAUGAGGAGCAGAUGCGCAUCCAUGCACAGGUGUCACGGGCUCGUCACGAGCGACGUCAUAGUGAUGUAUCACUUGCCUACACAGAACUCGAUGAGCCUCUGCAUGGCCCCGGUGGCCGGCAGUCGCGACUCCCUCUUUUGGGAGGCCCAAGUCAACGAUCGUACUCUGUUGACAGGAGCUCACCGGGACAUCGGAUGUCAAAUCAUAGCCCACCCACACCACACCGUAGCCCUGUACUAGGUGAUAGUCGACGAGGACUGGCGGAGCCAACAAGGAAACCCAUACCCCAACAGCACCACUUGGACCCUAGCUCAGCCAUGCGCAGGAAUAAACGGGACAAAAUGGAUAACAUGUUGCGAAAUGACUCUUUAAGCUCAGAUCAGUCUGAGUCAGUUCGGCCUCCUCCACCUCGACCCCACCGCAGCAAACGCCUUGGCAAGCUCAGAACCAUGGGCAGCUUUAGCAGCUCAGAGGAAGAGCUAGCCACCACGCCAGAGUACACCAGCUGUGAGGAUGUGGAGCUGGAGAGUGAAUCCAUCAGUGAAAAAGGCAACAUUCAAAGGGGAAAAAGAAAAACAAAUGAGCAGGCAUAUUUUUUGGACACCAGUUAUGCCCCGUCUGAGAGGCAAAAUACAGUGGUGCGAUUUUGGGAGGGCUCCCAUGAAGAAGACGCGGAGUGGUGCGAGCCGCAGGUCAAAGAUUCAGGGGUUGACACUUGCAGUAGCACCACGCUAAACGAGGAACAUAGUCAUAGUGACAAGUGAUAAAAGCAAGAGGAGGACGAAAACGGUGAAGAAAUCUCUGGAGCCCAAGUGGAAUCAGACGUUUAUGUACUCACCCGUGCACAGGCGAGAGUUCAGGGAGCGAAUGCUGGAGGUCACGCUAUGGGACCAGGCCAGAGUCCGAGAGGAGGAGAGCGAGUUCCUGGGAGAGAUUCUGAUAGAGUUGGAGACGGCGCUGUUGGAUGAUCAACCUCACUGGUAUAAGCUACAAACACACGAUGUGUCCUCUAUGCCUCUGCCGAACCCCUCACCGUACAUGCAGAGGCGCCUCCUACACGGAGAAAGUCCAACACGCAGGUUACAGAACAAGGGCCCGUAUUUUUUCAACUCAGGGUCACAGAGAAUCAGUGACAGCGAGUUCUCUGAUUACGACUGUGAAGAUGGGAUUGGUGUGAUCUCAGAUUACCGGCACAAUGGCAGGGAUUUCCAGAGCUCUACUCUGUCUGUACCAGAGCAGGUGAUGUCGUCCAAUCACUGUUCACGAUCAGACAUGAUCCGCACACGCUCACGCUCCCCCAGCGUUCCUCCACCGCAGAGUCGAAGUUUAGACCAUGGUGUGAGAGGAGGACCAUCACAUUAUGGCCCCCAACAUCGCUUGUCUGAAGACAGAUACUCACCAGACAGUCAUUAUCUUACCCUCCCUCCUCGAACCAGACACAGACAGGCAUCCAUCGACUCCGCUGUCCAGGACCCCAGUAUGCACCCGCUCUUUCGGGAAGACGCGGUCAAGUUACUGCGCUCCACUAGGAUGGCCCGUGCUUACUCAGAUGGGGCUUACAAUAGCUUGGACAGGAGGAUGAGAAGAGAUAGACAAAUGUCUACCUACAGUGACUCAUAUGAAUCGCCUGAGAGAUAUUACAAUGGGCCCAAUCAUGUAUCUACUCCAUGGCCCAAUCAUGUCAUGAACGGAACCGGUGGAGACUACAGGACGUGUCCCCGGAUAGAAAUUGAGCCUUCUACAGAUACAGAAAGAGAGGAUCAAAUCCCAGAGUUCCCUGCUAACCAUGAUCACUUUGAGGAAGAUCUGAGGGCAAACCCACGCACUGGAUCAGUCCAAACAAGUCCCACCAGCACGCCAAUGUCCAGUCGAAGAGGUCGACAGCUACCGCAGGUCCCACCAAAGGGCUCUAUGGAUAGAAAAGAUGGCGAGGGCAUUACUGAGCCUUACGAAGCAGGAACAGGGGCGGGACCUCAGCCUCCUGCUCCUCCCCCUGUUCUUUCACAGCAUCCACAGACUGUUGCUGCAGUGGGAGGGGCUUCACUACAUCAAGCCCCGCCCCCUCCACCACUACAAGUCCCACAAGCAGUGGCUGCAAUGGGAGGGGCUGUACAACAUCAAGCCCAGCCCCCUCCACCACCACAAGUCAUACAGGCAGUAGCUGCAGUGGGAGGGGCUUCACAACAUCAAGCCCCGCCCCCUCCACAACCACAAAUCACACAAGCAGUGGCUGCUCAUGUGGGAAUGAUGCCUCCAGUCCCGGGCCCACCUACUGCACCUGCAACUCCUCCUGCACAAGCUCCUCCCCCUCCUGCACAUCCUAAUCCAACUUCUUCAUUAGCCUCUCCACCAACCCAUGCCCAGCCUCCUCAAAUGCAUGCCCCUCCAUCUGCAACUCCUGCCCCUACACCGACCGCUCCUCCCCCAGCUUCUGCCCUCCCUCCCCAGGCUCCUCCCCCAGCCCCUGCUGCCCAAUCAUCAGCUUCAUCGCUCGUCCACCAGGCUUCAUUAUCAGAAUCCCAGGAAAGGCCUGUAGCUCCCCCGCCUGUCAAUGGGAGGAAAGAAGUGACAUGGGAGGAUCAGCAGAAGAAAAUACCUGCAUUAAUGUCAGAGUCAACAGUGUCAGAGAAUGGAGAUGCAGGCACGUUGAAGGAUCCAUCGAAGCGUGGGAUGGACAGCCUCUCCAUGAGGUCAUCGGACAGUGAUGUAAGCGACGUGUCCGCUAUGUCGAGUGCGUCUCGUCUUAGCAGCACGAGCUACAUGUCUGUCCAGUCAGAAAGAGUGCGAGCGAGCCGCAAGAUCAGUCGUGGAGAGGCACUUCAGAGUCAGGGAGAAGAGGGCACUGUUGUUGUGGAAGAGCUGGUUGAGGCAUCUACAGCCAGUGUACAGAGGGCGGGGCUUGAAGGGGAGGGAGGCAGGUCUAUUGAGCAUCCAGAGGAGGAGGAGGAAGAGGAGGAACCUGAGAGGGCUCAGACGGCGACCCCCGGCUCCAACAUCACCAAGAGCUCCAGUGUGGGUGGAGACAUGUGUUCGCUGGGCAGGAACGACGACGAUGAUGAUGACAAGAAGAGGCGCUCCAGUUUUGGAGCCAAGAUGGCUGCCAUGGUGGGACUGGGGAAGAAGAGUCAAAGUACCUCUCAGCUCGACCCAGAGGAGGAGGGAAAGAAGAAGAAGCCGGUGCGUCUGGCGAUCCAGCGAAGCGUGGAGACAGGUCUAGCUAUCGAGAUGAAGAGCAGGAUGACACGGCAGCCCAGCAGAGAGACCACAGAUGACAGUGAAAAGCCAAAACCUGGAAAUCUGAUUUUCCCUGGGGUGAAGAUCUCAAAGGACAGCCAGUUUACAGAGUUUCUGGAUGGCCUUGGCCCAGCCCAGCUGGCAGGAAGACAAACAUUAGCCACACCUCCAAUGGGGGAUAUUCAGAUUGGUAUGGUGCACAGGAAAGAGAGGCUGGAUGUUGAAGUUAUUCGGGCUCGAGGUCUGGUGGGCAAACCAGGAAACAAACAGACUCCAGCACCUUAUGUAAAAGUAUAUCUACUGGAUAAUGGGAAGUGCGUCAACAAAAAGAAAACACGGACCGCCAGAAAAACACUGGAUCCUCUUUAUCAACAGCAGCUUCAGUUUGAGGAGAGUCCUGAAGGGAAGGUUUUACAGAUCAUUGUUUGGGGAGACUAUGGACGCAUGGACCACAAAUCCUUCAUGGGAGCCGCCCAGAUCCUAUUAGACGAUUUAGAGCUGACCAACAUGGUGAUUGGCUGGUACAAGCUCUUCCCUCCCACCUCAUUGGUGGACCCAACCUUGGCACCUUUAAGUAGUAAACCUCCAGAAUCAGGUCUGGAGAGUUCCAACGUUCGGUCGUAGCGUUCGGCACGAGGAGGUGAGCGGUAGAGAGCGGCAUGAGUCGGAAACCGUCCCGACGGGUCAGGUCCUGGUUACACUGCAUGCUUGAUGUUGUGUCCUCUGAGCCCGUGCGACAUGAGGCUAAGAAAAGGCCUGCGUCCUUCUGCCAAAAAAACAAAACAAAAAAAACGAAAAACGAAAAGAAAACGUAUGCUGCUGUCAAACGCAAGGGAAAGAACGCCACAGGAAGUCUCUCCGUUCAGCUGAAGAGAUGCAGCCAGGGAUUCGGUGGAGUCUGGAUUCUUAACCGUAGGAAGUUAAGAGUCCACCAGAAACGGAAGACGCCGUUUUUCUCUGGCUGUUUGCUCUCUGUUGUAUUCCAAGAGAUGUCAGUGUUUCUUACUAAAAACGUUGUAGCCAUUAUUGUAAGCCAAGCUGUCAGGAGGAAAAGAGAAGAGAAGAGCGCUUGGCUGAGAUGGGACAAGAAAGGAGUGACGUCCUCAGGGGAAUGACCCUCCAUCAAGCUUGAUCUCCAUCGGAUCGGUCUUUAAAGUUCACGUCAUGGCCAGAGUUCCUGUUCGAUUCAGGAAACAACAAAAGUCCGGAAAGAAAAAGAAAAAAAAAAAAGACAUCAAAGAAAUAUUGGACCCUUUUGUGCUCUGGUAUGAUGUUUUCUUUGUUGAUGUACUGUAUGAAAUUGAUGAGAAUUGUUUUUUUCUUUCUUUUUUUUUCUUUGCAUGUAUGCAAAGUUGUUUUGAAAAAAAAAAAGUUAUUUUCCUCGAGACUUGCAAAAAAAAAUACAAUUAAAAAGAAAGAGGAAGAAACUUAUUUAAGGAUGAGCAGAUCAGCCAUUUUCAACAGUUUGUAUUAUUUUUAAUAUGAGAUUCUCUAGUGCAUGAUUUUCAAAGAGACUGAAUGCAAAACGAUAACAAUGUGAUUGUCAUCCUUCAGAUUAUUCUUCUGUAUUUUUACAGAUCUCGGUUACAGGUGUGGCCUGGUUUGAGACAUUGCGUCUCAUAUUAUUAUCAUAAAAAAAAAAAAAAAGAAAAGCAAGAGAUGGUUGAGAAAACAAUAAAUGUAGUUCGAUUUAAAAUGCAACACAUGGAAACUGUACAUUUCUCUCUUCAAAUGCAGCCAUAAUUGUGUUGAUGAGCUGUAGAUUUGGGUCCGUCAUGAUUCCACUGUGUUCCGUUCCACCAGAAUGGCUCAUUCAUUCAAAGCAAGCAUGUUGAAAAGGGUCUGCAACAUGGAUCGAGCACACCGUCUGUGUAAUACAGCAUGUUUUGAUAGAGACAUCUGGAAGUUUUUCGCUGUUUUGUGUACAGUGCAUGUGGACCACGCGUCUCCCCCCCACCCCUGAUCUACUGUCGUCCACAGAUUCAGGGCGGGGUAGAAGGUUUGCGGCCGACAGUUCAGACAUUCAACGCAACAUUCCACCUCUCGGCACUCAUCUUUUCUUGAAGUUUUGAAAAGAAAAAAGGAAAAGAAAAUUAAACAGACAAAAGCAAACUAAAGAGAAAAUAAAAAGUACGAAAAUUUAUAUUUAUUCAAGGUUGACUUGGGGGGGGAAAUGGUUGCAAGUAUAUUUUAUUUUAUUAUUGUUAUAAAUAAAAUGUUAUACAAAUGGAUCCCAUUGGAUGGUGCUGUACGAAGUCUCUGAGUCACUCAGAGUGGACUGAACAAUGUUCUUAUUCGUUGUGUUUUUGAACACAAAAGACACUUGUUGUUGGAUGAGGAGCGAGUCAGUUCAUGGAGAUGGGAAAAUUGCCACACAAUAUGAAUUUUUAAUUGUUUCUUGUUUUGAGAGAAUAAAAUUCAUUUACUAA